CGGCCGCACAAAGAGCGGCAGCGAAGGCCCCGGGUUUGCCUCUAAAGGCAGCGGCUGGAAAUUUAAGGUGUCCCGGAGCCAUGUCUGCCCUCAGCGCUCCCCGCCGCAUUCCCCGGAUCGAUGGUGGUUGCAGCGCCUCUCCUCGUGUGUCUCGGGAGGUCGGGCUGGCGGCGGGUGCGCUGGGGUUUGUUUGGGACUGAUCAGCAGAGGAACUGAUCCUGUUGCUCUGGGGUGGGAGAGGCCGGCAGUCUGUGGGAGAGAACCAUGUCUGUUCGGGAGUCCUUUAACCCAGAAAGUUACGAACUGGACAAGAGCUUCCGUCUGACCCGAUUCACUGAACUGAAGGGCACAGGCUGCAAAGUGCCGCAGGAUGUCUUACAGAAACUGCUCGAAUCUCUACAGGAAAACCAUUUUCAGGAAGAUGAACAGUUCUUGGGGGCAGUUAUGCCCAGGUUGGGAAUUGGGAUGGACACUUGUGUAAUUCCAUUAAGACAUGGAGGUUUGUCAUUAGUCCAAACCACAGAUUAUAUUUAUCCUAUUGUGGAUGACCCUUAUAUGAUGGGACGAAUAGCGUGUGCCAAUGUCCUAAGUGACCUUUAUGCCAUGGGGGUCACAGAAUGCGACAACAUGUUGAUGCUCCUUGGAAUCAGCAAUAAAAUGACAGAUAGGGAAAGAGACAAAGUGAUGCCUCUAAUUAUCCAGGGUUUCAAAGAUGCAGCAGAAGAGGCAGGAACAUCUGUUACUGGUGGCCAAACAGUGUUAAAUCCCUGGAUUGUUUUAGGAGGAGUGGCCACGACAGUCUGUCAACCUAAUGAAUUUAUAAUGCCAGACAAUGCAGUGCCAGGAGAUGUGCUUGUAUUAACUAAACCGUUGGGAACACAAGUGGCUGUAGCUGUCCACCAGUGGCUAGAUAUUCCUGAAAAGUGGAAUAAAAUCAAACUCGUGGUAACACAGGAAGAUGUAGAACUAGCAUACCAGGAGGCAAUGAUGAAUAUGGCGCGGCUGAACAGGACAGCUGCUGGACUGAUGCACACUUUCAAUGCACAUGCAGCUACAGACAUCACGGGAUUCGGGAUCCUGGGGCAUGCACAAAACCUUGCCAAGCAGCAGCGAAACGAGGUGUCCUUUGUUAUUCACAACCUCCCUGUCCUGGCUAAGAUGGCUGCUGUCAGUAAGGCCUGUGGCAACAUGUUUGGCCUCAUGCACGGGACUUGUCCAGAAACUUCAGGAGGCCUCCUCAUCUGCUUACCACGAGAGCAGGCAGCGCGUUUCUGCGCCGAGAUCAAGUCCCCGAAAUACGGCGAAGGCCACCAGGCGUGGAUUAUUGGCAUUGUAGAGAAGGGCAACCGCACGGCCAGGAUUAUAGACAAACCCCGGAUCAUUGAAGUGGCACCACAGGUGGCCACUCAGAACGUCAACCCCACGCCCGGUGCCACCUCUUAAUAGAGAUGAAAUAGCUGUUUGUUUUUGAAUAGAUCUAUUCCCUUAUCAUCCUACAAUUUAAAGAACUGUAAAAAGAAAAGAAAACUUGUUGUGUCUGCACAUCUGGUGGCCUUAGGUCAGUUUAUGAGUGGAUACAAAUAAUAAAAUCCAUUGCCUUUUUUUCCUGUUACAUUAACUGAAGAUGCACCUAAUCUUGAGGCAGCUUCUGAGUUGAGAAUUAUAUUGUUAUCCAAUACUGUUGAUUCAUUUUGAAUCUUUAGACACUUAUCUCUUGCCGCAUAGGCUCUUUUUAAAGGUGCUUUCACGUAGCACAGACAUUACCAGUAGUAGUGUCAAAUAGCAGUUUGUGUCCUUUCAUUAUGUGUAUAUUUAUCAUGAAUCUAAUUUUGAUGCCUUGAGUGAUAUUCCAGAAAGGCAAUAAAUUGACAAGCGACACAGUGGGUUACCCAGUAGUAAGAGGUUGCAUGAUUGCAUUCAAUCUUUGAUUUAAAAAAAAAAAUACUUUAUUUUAUUUUCUAAGGUUUUUUUGUAAGGUUUAGUCUUACCAAGAGCAUCUACAACCCUGGACAUUGCUUGGUAGUGCACUCAGUUUAAACAGCAAGUGCUGACUUUUUGCAUGGAAAGCGCUUCAGAGUCGAAGGAGUCAUUUUGAAUUUCAUUAUUUGUAGACCUGACAAUAUUUACUGUAUUAUCAAUGAUUGUUUUCUUUAUUGAUAGUAAGGACAAAUAAAUCUUUUUUUUUUCUUUUUUUU